AUGUCUCACCGGCACUCUGACGGCUCCAUGGGUGACAAGGCCCUUCUCCUAGAGCGCAAGUUCCGUUCAGAGCUGCGGAUAGAUGCCAAUGUGCCCUCUCCCUCUGGGAAACGCAGCUCUAUGGCAGCACUAGACAACGCCCAGCGCUCCCCGUCCCCCACCGAGCCCCACCGUGUCAUCCUCAGCACAGAGAGCCCAGCCGCGCUCAAGGUGGGCACCCAGCAGCUGAUCCCCAAAAGCUUGGCCGUGUCUACCAAAUCCAAGACCCCUGCCCGCCACCAGAGCUUUGCCGUGCCCAUGCCGAGUAAAGAGGCAGCUCGCUGCGACCCCAAGCGGAUGUCCGCCCCCAGCAUUUCCCUGGACGACCUGGACAUCGAGAUGGAUUCUAGCGGGAGCCUCAAGCGCAAUCUGCGGAACACGUCGUACCGGGCAGCCAUGAAGGGACUCGGGAAUGCCGAGGAGCCUGAGCCUUCUAAGGGCGUCGCCACCCUAAAGCCCGUGUCGCAGGACACCAACGCACAAGCAGCGCGCAGCCCAGGGAGAAACAAGAGAACACUCGGGAGGAAGCGGAUGCAGAGACAUGGGGGCUCCUUUAAGGAUGAUCCCCGGCUGUAUCAGGAGAUCCGUGAGAGAGGGCUGAACUCUAUCAACCAUGAGUCAGACGAUGACUUGCUUGAGGAGGACUCCAUUCCAGAGGAGCAUCCCGCUCCCAACACCAUUGUGGUGAAAAGCUAUCGCCCUGCCCAGGUGACCUGGAGCCAGCUACCCGAGGUGCAGGAAGCAGGCAUCCUAGACAGAAUAACCCCAGAGGAACGCAAAAGGCAAGAGGCGAUCUUUGAGAUCAUCACCUCUGAAUACUCCUACCUGCACAGCCUGGGUAUCCUGGUGUGUCACUUCAUGAAAUCCGAAGAGCUGAAGGACACAAUGACCCAAACUGAGCACCAUCACCUCUUCUCCAACAUCGGCGAGAUCCUGAGCAUCAGCAAAAGUUUUUUUGAGGACUUGGAGAAGCGGCACCAGGAAAAUAUACUGAUCCCCGACAUCAGCGACAUCCUGGAGAAUCACGUGUCGAACCGCUUCAACCCUUACGUCAUCUACUGCUCCAACGAGGUCUACCAGCAAAGGACGCUACAGAAGCUGCUAAACACGAAUGCUAUGUUUAAAGAGGCCUUGAAACACAUUGAGAGGAAGCCAGAGUGCGGUGGCCUGCCCAUGUGCUCCUUCCUCAUCCUCCCCAUGCAAAGAGUAACACGCCUCCCCCUGCUUAUGGACACGGUUUGUCAGAAAACCAACAUGUACAGCACAGCCUAUGAAGCUGCCACCCAAGCCCUGAAAGCCAUCAGCAAGCUGGUUAAGAAAUGCAACGAGGGAGCCCACACGAUGGAGAGGACCGAGCAGAUGUACACGCUUCAGAAACAGCUGGAGUUUGGAAAGAUCAAGCCUUUCCCACUGAUUUCGGCUUCCCGCUGGCUGCUGAAAAGAGGGGAGCUCUCCCUGUCCCAUUCAGAAGACACUAGUAUCUUCCGCAAAGGCUUUGGCCGGACUAACUGCUACCUUUUUCUGUUUAAUGACGUCCUGAUCGUAACCAAGAAGAAAAGUGAGGAGAGCUACACGGUUACAGACUAUGCCAAGCUGGAUCAGAUAAUGGUGGAGAAAAUUGAAAGCCCCGAGGCUCCCUCGUCUCCCCCCGCGAAGCCAGGGUCAAGUGGCGGAGCCCGUAGCCCGUGUAGCGGCCACUCGUUUCGAGUGAUCAUGAAGAGGAACAGCGAGGGGAAGGAGGAGACGGUUGUGCUGUCGGCGGACUCUCCGAGUGACCGGGCUCGCUGGAUCACUGCUCUGAUGCAUAGAGAAAACAAAACCGAUGACAUGGCUAGAAAAGGAGAGCUGAGACAGGUGGAGAUAAUCAGGGCCUACUUGGCUAAACAGACGGAUGAGAUUUCCCUGCAGCAGGCGGAUGUCGUCUUGGUCCUUGGUGAGGAGGAUGGCUGGUACUUGGGCGAGAGGCUGCGAGACGGCGAGAGAGGCUGGUUUCCCCAGUCGUGCGCUCAGCCCAUCACCAACCGCAACGCUGUGGAGAGCAACGUCCGCCGCAUGGAGCGGCUGCGGAUAGAGACGGACGUGUGA